AUGGAGUUUGGUUGUGAAGGAAAUCGUAUGAUCCCCGCUGUGAUAGUUUUAGCGGGAGUCGUUACGAAACCGAGCGAGGCCGGGGUCGAAGUGUCAACUGGCUACAAAAUCACGGAAUUGCCCGCUUCAAAUAUAACGAUCAACUCUUCUGAAAUGAAACCCUUGGCUAUGGUGCCUCCACAGAGAAUGCGUUUGACGACAUCCACCGCAGUGGGAUCUAGAAUAGGCGCAACAAUGGCAACCAGCCCUGCUCAGCGACCCGGUGCAUCUGUUCUUUAUAUUCAUCAGGGUCCAGGAAGGGUUUUAUCCCCGACUGCCACUGUCAGUCAAGCGUCGACGGGACAGGGUGCUUUUCUCAACCAAACGAGGUCUGUAUAUCAUCAAGUCAUACCACAACGGAAACCCGAGGUGGUGUCUCCUGUUCGCGGGGCGAUAAUUCAACAAAAUAUGCCCACUCGGCUUGAGAAGCCUACAUUCAUGCCCUUGGACCACAUCGUGAUUGCAAGUGGGGACUCCCAAAGAAUUGUUCCGAUCGGGAAGCCGGGUUCGAUCGAAUCGAGACUGAAUGUUCCUCAACAAGAAAAGUACACAGCCUACCAAAUUAUCACCCCGACCCCUACCAACCAUGCGGUGUCUUCUCGUGGGUCUGAUACGAUGGUUGAAUUGAUCCCUCAAAACGCUUUGAAAGAGUUGGGUGAUGACUCAACGACGCGCUUUGUGAUGUCUCCUGGAAUGCUGCGAACUCAAGUCAAUAUGGACGAGUGCCAGGCUGAAGACGCAAAUGCGGCGCUCGCAAUCCCUUUAAGCGACCUGAAGAAGCCGAAGGGAGCCGCCAAGCCCCGACGCCCCGCAAGUGCCAACAGAGGCGGUCGUGGCGGCAAAGGAAGAGGCGCCUUGAGCUUGGAGCCCGGCACAGUGCCGCCGGAGCACAAGGCCGUCCCGAAACCUUCCGCCCCGGCGAGGAAUCGGAAGAAACCUGCGAAAGUAGUGAUUAUGCAUCCAGCGAUGCAAACCGGUCCACAAAUUGUAUUCAAUUCGUUGCCCACUGUUCAAUCCGCACAAUGCGUGGCGAAUGCUCCGGGUGCAGUGAAUGCUGUCGGGACGCACAGCCUGAGUCCUGCUCAGAACGCGCAGAUGAUGAAGCUGGAGGAAAAGCCUGUCGAGUGCACGGUCCCCACUUUGAUGUUCCCCGACGGAACACGAGUUCCCCUGAAAUGCAAUGACCCCGACGCUUAUUCGCUUAUUGUCGUGCGUCACUGUGGCGCCGAAGGAGGUGCUGCUACUCCUGCUGCUGCCAAUCUAACGGACACGCAGCUCAUCAACUGCUUCCGGCAGCGCAGCGACGCCGAAGAAAUGACCGUGGCAAACUACCGAGUGGAAAUACGAAAUGGGAAAGUUGUCCAGCCGCCGCCGAAACCUGCUGGGUCUGCUCCGUCGUCGUCCAUGCAAAUGGAAUUCGAACUGGCAUUCCUGCCGAAAGCUGCUGUGGUCCUUCCUACAAAUGCCCCAAAAGUUCCUGAGGAGACGGAAACUGAUGUCAAACCAUUGACGAAACCAGGGAAGCUGGCUGUGUGCAUGAACUGCGGGUUCCUGUCGCCGAGCUUCAACCGUUGUUCGCGCUGUUCCCGGAAGCUGCCGGCGGAUGUGAAAGAGGUGUCCGACCCGACAGCGUCCCAGGCGCCGUCGAAAACGGAUGAACUGCGCAAGUUACGGAUUGUGAAGCGUGCAAGGAAGCCAGACGAGCCUGAGUGCUUGACUCUUUCAUCGGACGAAGAAGGUGAACUCGAGAGACCACAGCCGCCCAAAGAAGCCGCUCCCCAAGACGCGCAGAAGACUCUUCAAGAAGAAGCUCUGCAGGAGGAGAAGUUCCAAGAAACGCCGGCCGUCGGGGAACCGAGUCCCGUGAAGAGAACAUUGUCGUACAAGGCGGAUCCUUUGCCGCCAGGGAAGCUGGUGAAGAAUUGGCUACUGGACGGAGCCUUGUAUGUUUGUUUGAACCAGAACGUAGGAGGUGACGUGGACGACAUGCCCGAGCCCAUGGACGCCAUGGAAACGGAGGGUAAAAGUGGGCAAAGGCCUCCGAAUGACGAGCGACCGGCAAAGAAUGGGAACGGCAACAGCGAUCGCCCGGAAAUGCCCGAGGGCAGCGAAAAAGACUCUUCGAACCCAGGCAGCGAUGGGAAUCGAAAUCCCCCUCCCAUCAGCGACGAUAUGGACAUUAGCGACGAAGACAUGGAUGACGAGUUGGAGAUUCAUUGUACCAUGCUGCGUAUCGGCAGUUACCGAGAAAAGCCGAACUCGUCCGUGUUGUUGUCCAGUCGAGGUUUGCGGCUCUGUGUGACGCCGCUGCGGCGGUCCACGGCGGAACCCGUGGCGCCCGUCGAAUUGUUUCUGGAGAACUCGAAGCUCGUUGGUGUAUGGGCAUAUUUUGCUACUACCGGUGGAACUCCGUUGAUUAUUUUGUACACUGGGAAAGACAUGGCGCGGUCGAUACGGGCUCAGUUGAACAUGGCAGCGACGGAAGUGGUAUCUUCCGGGAUCCCGUUCUUUUGUCCCACGUCGAAAGAUGAUACGCGGAAGAGAAUUCUUCUCUUUCUUGACCCCACAGCAAUCAAUCGAGAAUUAAUCGACCGGAUUGCUGGUAUUUGGGAGCCGUUCAAACCGAAUAAUGCCGUGCUUUAUCGUAUCAUCAGUCGGGAGAAGUGUGAAGAUAUUCUGCGCCGUUGUGCGAAAAAUGAGUUCGUGAAAGCUAAGCAGCAGAUUGUCGACGUCGAUAACGAUGAGGUGUGCACAACCGAAUUAUUGCCCAGCAAACUCGUGUUGACUGGUGAAGCUACUCGGAAACAACCGCCACGAAAUGCAUCCAUUCUUGCCAGAGGCCAGGAUAAUUCUGCGCCAGUCAAACUUUUCACCUACAAACCGAAGACAACCGGGAAAUGCAGGUCGCAAACGUCGUCGAUUGAAAUGAACCUCGAAGAUUACAAGACUCUGGAGGAAGAAAGUUUCCUCAACGAUUCCGUGAUUGAUUUCUAUCUGAAGUAUAUCGUGAACGAAAUGGUUCCCCUCGAAGAGCGUGACAAGAUAUUCGUUUUCUCCACGUAUUUCUACAACAAGUUGACCAUGAAGCAGCCAAAGAAUGCUUCGAGGGCAGGUGAUUCUGCGACGCCCGCUGAAAUGCGGCACGAGCGCGUGAAGCAGUGGACGAAGAACGUGGAUUUAUUCAAACAAAAGCAUAUUGUGAUUCCCAUCAAUGAACACUCGCAUUGGUUUCUUGCGAUUAUUUGUUUUCCGGGGCUCGGUGGCCCUGUGAGAGCGAGGGAUGGAGUUCCUGUAUCGCCGAGGGCGAAGCCGGUCAAGAAGACUGCGCCUGUCGAUGAAGCGAAACCGGAGAAGGAAGCUGAUGCAAAGGCGAGUGAGGUUGAGGCUGGCAGGAAGAGUUUUAAUGUAGGAUCGACCACGAUAACGCCCGUGAAAACUGGCCUUGCGAGUUCCGAGGAAAACAGCAGCAGCUCCGCUGGCAUCCCUGGUUUGUCAGUGACAACCUCAUCUGGCACCCCUUCAGGAAAUGGAAUAAGCCUCGCAAAUCUGAACGUUCUCACAUCCACCUUGAAAAGGGAGACGGAAUUGGACGAAAGCUCUGAUCGUGACGAGGCUGAAGGUGAUGAUGAAGAGCUCGACUCGGAGUACGAAGACGACCACUUUGGCCCAACAGGUCCGAUGGAGCGUGAUUCCGCCGACAAGGGCGAAAACGAAGAAGGAAACGAGACUUCUAAUGAGGAGGAUGAUGUCAAGAAAGAAGCCCCGGAGGAUGAAGUAUUAGAGUCAAUUCAUCAACCAUGCAUCUUAAUAUUCGACUCGUUGCGGACGAGUAGCAAGAAUCCCUCUAGAAUCGUAGCAACUCUCAGGGACUAUCUGGCAGUGGAAUGGAAGCGGAAACACGGGGACGAUGAGAAACGGGUGUUUGAUAAGAAUACGAUUCGCGGCUAUUGCGUUCGCUGUCCGCAGCAGGAUAAUUUUAGCGAUUGCGGAGUUUACUUGCUUCAAUACGUUGAAAGCUUUUUCUGCGGCGAUGCGAAAGUGACGGACUUUCGAUUGCCGUUGAAACGAUUAGAAAACUGGUUCUCUGCGGAACUCAUGCGGAGGAAACGAAGGGAUAUUGCCGAGUUGUUCCUGCGACUGACUGAGGAGUCGAAUCCGAACGUUUUGGGCAUUUUGCCGAAGCUGGAAUUUGAUUGCGAUCAAUUUGAAACUGUUCGUCGGAUAAAUGAAGUAUCCAAUGUACGCAAGGAGGAAAACGGACCCGCUGGAACGGAAGUCGCCGGCGUCAAGACCGUCUCCGAGGGCCCCGCUGCGCCAGAGACGUCUAAACUUGGCGGCGAGAACGGAGAUGCCCUUGGAUCGGACGACGGCUCGCGAAAGAAGCGGGGCUUUUCGAUCGCCAUCCCACGCGUCGCCUCUGUGCCUGGGUUUGACAAUUCCUUAUUGAAGAAGCGCAAGAUUGACGAGAUCUCACCAGUCACACGACCGGCGGAAGAUCAAUCCUCGUGAUUCUCCUACAAAAACAUCUUUUUUUGAAUUUUAAUUUUUUCGGUCCGCUUGAAGCGUGACUGUUUUCUUUUUUUUUUGUGCUGCGCGGAGUGUCCUUGUGUCGACGAGAUCGUGAAAACGUCGAUCCGUUGGGGGUAUUUUUAAAACAUUCAUUUGUAGAUAUUUGCAGCAGGGUUUUUUUCACGUCAGUUGAGAAUUUAUCCACUGAAAAAUCGCCAGCCUACGAUUCCCGAGCUGUCGACAUUGAAAUAACUGUGGACGAGUAAUUUUUACUCAGGAUAAAGG